GUACUUGGUUGCCUAAGUAUAGUGAUAAUGAAAGUUUUGAGGUUAUGUUUUUGAUAGCUGAUUUAUUUUAAAGCUUGUUUAAACUUAAAACGUUUUUGAUAAUCGAAGAAAUGCCUAAAAUUAAUAUCGAAACAGUGGUUUCAUUUAGCACAGAAGAUCCCGUAUUUCCCGCAUCUAAUAUAUUAAAUCCUGAUCCAACAAAGAAAUGGAAAACUCAUUCGCAAGGUGAAAAAUCAGCAAAUAUAGUCCUCCAACUAGAAAAAGCCACACAAAUCACAUCCAUCGAUAUUGGAAAUGAGCAUUCCGCUUACAUAGAAGUUUUGGUAUCCCGCUCAAGUUCAAACGAUGAUUACAAAGUCCUUUUGGUUAUGUCUUCUUUUAUGACACCCAUCGAAGCUCGUCAGAGUUCCAAUACAACAAAAGUACGAAUGUUCACUUACGAUCAAUUGUCCUCACCGGAGCGAGAUGAAAAAUGGGACCGAAUUAAAAUUGUUUGUACACAACCUUUUAACCGUCACGUUCAAUAUGGUUUAGCAUUCAUAAGUUUAACUUCAAACGAAGGUAAAUUAGACGCGGUUACACCACAUAUCGGAAAGUUUUUGGUUCGAAGCGAAUCCCCAACAAAUUUAGGAGCGGGGAGUUUAUUUGCACGAAGAAAUGAGUUUGAGGAAAAGAAAACUUUAACGGCGGCUAUACGAGAGGCAUCUGUACAAGCACAAAAAAGCCCUCAAAUGAGGAAUCGUGAUGAAUUGUUGUAUGAAGAGGAUGAAAUUAAAAAGAAUUCAAAAAUUGAUGCUUUAAUUGCUAAACGAGAUCAAGAGAAAAAGGAGAAGGAGGCAAGAGAAUUUAUUGAGAAAUUAGAGAAAGAGUCGAAAAUGAAAAAAAUUAAAGAGGAGGAAGAAAAGAAAAAGAAAAUUGCUUCUCCAAAUACUUCAAAAAAUAGCAUGAAGUUCAAACCCACAAAAAGAAAAGCGAAAAAACGAUCUUUACCAUAUCAAGAACUUUUAAAAGGAGUCGUUUUUACUAUUAGUGGUAUUCAAAACCCAGAAAGAGGGAAUUUACGUAGUAUGGCUUUAUCAAUAGGGGCUAAAUAUCGUCCCGAUUGGGAUAAUAAUUGUACUCACUUAAUUUGUGCUUUUGCAAAUACCCCAAAAUUUAAUCAAGUCCGAGGAAAAGGAAAAAUAGUUACAAAGGAUUGGAUCCCGGAUUGUUACGCACAAAGAAAACGUCUUCCUUGGAGACGAUACGCUUUAGAUCGAAACGAUCAAAAUAAACCAGAAAGUGAGGAAGAAAUCGGUGAAGAAAUUGAUGGUGAAUCAUCGGAUGAAACAAAUUUUAAUGGAUCUGACACAGAAUUAGAAAAUUCACAAAAAAAGUUUAAAAGAAACCGGGUUAUCGUAGAUUCACCAAGUGGAACUCCAUCCCCAGUCUUUGAAAUCGAUGAGAACGAAUUAAUUCCUAGCAAUGUUAAUGAUAACCUUGAAAAUGAAGGUGAAAAAGCGUUGAUUAUUAAAGAGGCUUUGAGUGUAUAUGAUUGUGAUACUGAUGUUGAUGAAGAUUUUUGUUUAAAGACGACAAAAGAUUAAAAUAAAUGAUUUCUUGAACUAUAA